UAUUAUGUGUAGUCAAAUCUGCAUCUUUUAAGAUUUAUUUCAAGUUAAGGGUGUAGAACAGCUAUUCCAAGUACUGGAAUAAGUAGACAUGAAAAAUUAGAUUCCAAGCUUUAACAUAAGAAGAAAUUAGGGAAAACUAAUACUGAUUUCCAUCUUGUCCCUGUGAAAGGAACUCACGGGGUUCUGAUGCAGUGGUUUUCUGUCUGUUAAAAUGGUAUCUUAUAAAGGAAGCUGAGGAACUUUAGUGGGGUUAUUUUUGGAACCGCUUGUAAAGAAUGAAGACAUUACACUGAAAAUUUACCUAUAGUCUUUACUGUAUUCACAAGUGAAAUUUGCUCUGUGUUAAGACCAGCAUCUUGUGCAUAGAAUAUCUCUCUGUAUGUCAGCCAGUAGGAAUGGAGGACAAUGUGAUUUUUUUAAAGUGAUAUAAAAAAUUAGGAACAUUGGCUCUGCAAAGUUGACUGUAGUUUUUGUAUUAUUGUUACUGUGUGCUUUCUGAGAAAAUGCUUAGCUUACAUGGUUCAGAAGCUCGAGUUACUUAGAGAUCUCUGUUUUAAUGGGAUUGUUUUGUACUGCAUGGAUUUAGUAGGCUUAGGGGUAAGCAGUUGUGCAAGCAGUUGGUGCAAGUUUGAAUUGAACUUUGAACUUUUUAAAUAUUUUGCUUGGAUUCAUUUUUUUUCUUCCUGAAAAGUAGUCCUUUACUUAUCCCUUAUGUUUUGAUAUGAAGAUAAAAAAAAAAAUUAAUGAAUUUUCUAAAACUUGUGACAGAUAGAUGGUUAGUAAAAGUAGGUUACCUGAACUAACUUGUUUAAAGCUAAUAACAGUCAUGAGAGACAAAAUUAAGCACUUAAAAUCUUUGUGUUAAAAUUCCAUACAUUUUAAUCUGGACUUUACUUUUUACUUUUCUUCAACUGCCUCUGCCUAUUUCCAUGUCCUACUUGAUGUCAUUAGGAGUAAAACAUUUGCAAAUACAACUGCCUGCAUGCAUCUUAAGUGUUAUUGUGUGCACAUGGUUUCAUUUAUGAUACUAUGGAAGACAUCAAUCACAUGAAUAACUGUAGCCUUCUCUGUCAAGAUAGCUGUGUUGGGUAUCUCUGAUUCUGCUGAAGUCGCUGUGUUGUCAGGAACUGCCCUAGGGUAUGUAGGACUUGUUUCACCAUAUGCUGUUCCUGCUCUGCAGUCAUGACCAAGUUGACAAAGUAAUCAUUUUAUUAUUCAGAGGACUGCUUGUUAGAAAGCUAACUACUUUUUGUCUUGUACUGAUGCAAGCAUACACCUCUGUAUCCUAGUAAAGUAAUAAAAGGAAGAAAAAAUGGAGACAGAGACCAUUUUAAAUCUUAGACAACAACUGAAAGAAGCAGAGAACGAGCGAAGGAAGGCUGCACAAUAUGGCUUACACUUGUUGGAGUCUCAAAAUGAAAUUCAAAAUCAGUUGGAUCAAAUGCGUCGGGAAUUAACAGAGAAGACUGAGAAAUUUGAACAGGAGAAAUAUUCUCUUCAGAGAGAAAUUGAACUUAAGAAUAGGAUGUUGGAAAGCCUGAGUUUUGAAUGUGAUGCCCUCAAGCAACAGCAAAAUGUGCAACUGGAUAAACAGAAAGAACAGCUUACCAGAGUUCAUGGACAAGAAGUCAAUGACCUUAAAUGCAAGUUGGAGAACCUGAAGGCAGAACUAGAUGAAACUCGGCUUUCUGAGAAACAACUGAGACACAAAGUGGACCAUCAGAAGGAAAUAAUUGCUGCCAAAACAGAAGAGCUACACAUGAUGUCUGAACGUGUGCAUGAAACCAUGUCUUCAGAAAUGCUCAAUCUUCAGAUGGAGCUCACAGAACUAGAAAGUGUGAAGGCCAAUGUUGAAGAAAAGCUGAAUGAACUGCAGUACAGCAAAGAACAACUAGAACUCAUAAAUAGUAACUUACGUAAUCAGCUGGAGCGUCUACAAGCAGAAAAAGAAGAGAGGGAAAAAGAAGUUGUUUCUUACUGUAAUGCACUAGAGAAAGCUCGUGAAGCUAAUCAAGAGCUUCAGGUUCAGCUGGAUCAUGUGGUGCAGCAAUCUUUGGACCCUACAAGUAAAGGCAAUUCUCUCUUUGCUGAGGUGGAGGACCGUAGGGCAGAAAUGGAACGACAGCUGAUCAGUGUGAAAAUAAAAUAUCAGUCACUACAAAAACAACAUGCAUUCACUAGAGAACAAUUGCAAAGAAUGAAGCUGCAAAUGGCUACCCUGCUACAGAUGAAAGGUUCUCAGGCAGAAUUUGAGCAGCUGGAACGCUUACAGUCAAUGUUGGAGCAAAAGAAUGGUGAAAUAGAAGAUCUUCUUGUGAAAGUGAGGCAACUAGAAAAAUUCAAGACUUUAUAUGAGAAUAUGGAAGAAUGUAGAGCUAGUAGCAGCUCAAAAGGAGGAGAGUCUGAAGAUGGUUACUACGCUGACUUGCUGCAGAUGAAACUUGACAACUCAAACAAGGAAACCGAAACCUUGAAAAAUGAACUGUCUUUGCAGAGGAUGAAAGCUUUGUAUGAGAGCCAAAGGGUUCUGGAAGUUGAAAGAAAACUCUUUACAAAUGAAAGGCAUUUGCAAGCUUGUCAGAGUGAGAACAUGAAUUUGCGAGUUAUGCUGGAUGAAUUAAAAAUGAAAUAUGAACCUGAAGAGUUACUUAAAGUCACUAAAAUUAAAAAGAAAAGGGAGAAGAUUCCAGUGGAUGCUGCUUGUGAAUAUUUAGACAGCAAAAAUACUUCAGCAAAUGAGGUUCCUCUCGCUCAUCUUCCAAGUAAGGAGGAAGCUAAGAUGACUUCAAGUAACUCAGAGCAAAUUGAUUCUUCAUCCAAAAAACAAGCACUCGAAGCAUCACCAAUAAAUGUAGCUCUUCAAUCAAUGGACAAAGCAGUAGAACCUGAAAGAGAAAGAAAGAGAGUUAAAACUAAAGAUGAUAAUCUUGACACCUGCACGUCAUACAGCAGAAGCGGAAGUAAUUUUUUGACUUCAAGUGCCCCCAGGUCAGUGUCAACUUCUGUGUAUGGUCAAGGCAAUCAGCACAGACCUGCAUCUCUUUUCUUUCGCUGCAUGAACUAUGCUAUCCACUUGUUUAUCUGUUUCCUCAGUGUUGCAUGCAGUGUAAUUCCUAAGCUCCGGCUGCCUACCUUUAACCUCCCAAAACCUUUUAGAAAGAUUAAAAUGGUGGUUUAUGAAAAGGACUCUUGAAACUGUAACUGUUCUUGAAAUAAUGUUAAGGUCAAAGGUGUGUAUAUGCUGUUACAACUCAGUUGUUUUGCUUUUCUUUCAAAAGUCAGACUGUUUUCUGUCAUAUAACUGCAUUGCUUCUUAAGGUUUAAAAAAACCCAAACAAUAGGUAUCAUGCUUUAGUUUAUACCUUAUUCUAGCCUUCCUCAAUUUCAUAUUGAGAUAAAAACCUAAGAAAAAAACAAGUAAUUCUUAAUCCAAAUAAAGCUAACAGAAUUUGCAGUAUGCAAGAUUACGUAUAAAUUGUGCUAUGAAUUCAUAUUACCAGGCCACCGACUUUGCUCACCUGGAUGCGUGAUAACUUGAAAUGUAACUGUUAAAACUAAGUUUUUUUUCAUAAAUGGAGAAUGAGGUUACUUCUUGUUACAGUGACUUAAGGCAGUAAUCAGAGAACAUCUAAAUUCUGAUAGAAGGAAUGCUGUUUCUUUUUCCCCCUCAAUUCCCCUUUAUCUCCAAUUUAUAGACAUCACUGUAUUAAACCUAGUACUCUGGGGGUAAUUUCUGGGAUACUUUAGAUGUUUUGAGCUUAUGAAUUGAUAAUAUUUAGUAGCAAAAAUAAUGCUUGUGUGCUUCCAUUGUUUCCUACCCCCUUUCUUCCUAGAUUUUUUUCAACUUUUAAGUUGUGAUUGUGCAUCUCUAAUGUGAGCACAUAAGAACUUUAAGUUAUCAUUCAGGGAGAGAGCAAUAGAAUGUUUGUCAGGAAUACACUGAUAAAUAAUAAUAAUAAAAAAAGGUCCUUUCAUUCAGCUUCCUGAUGGUUCAUUUUCUUUGGUUUUUCAUGUAACACCGAUAUGAGGCUGGAGAUAAAAGAAUUACUUGAAAAUCUAGAGUGUCUUGAAGCCUAAAGCAUCCCAGUCUAGAACUGUUUUGUCUGUCUGUUCCACACAAUCAAGCUUAACACAAACACGUUUUUUUAUCUCCCUCCUUUAAUGUGUAUUUUGGCUGUUGUUUACAAGAUUACUUACUGAGUUCUCCAUAGCAGUAUUUUUUUUUUUUACUCACUAGAUUCCAUGAACCUUCCAAUGAGACCGAGAUGUGCCAAAAUAUUUACUCUGUUUUUAGAUAUUAAGUUUGUGUUUAGUAUACAGAAAGCUUUCUCGAUAGGUGACUUGUUAUGGGACAAAUUGGAGAUGCUUACAGCAUCAACAAGAAACUGUUUCCUAACAUUCUUAAAAAUAGCAGUGUUACUUGAGUUGGGGUUUAAAUGUGUUGACUGAGAGAAAUGGCGUCAUGAUGCUGAACAUUCAGAGGGUGUGUUUGUUCCAGAACAGCAUGAAACAUGGUUUGAAACAUGUUUCAGUUUUGAAACAAAACUGAAGAAAGUUUAAAGAUUGUUUAGGGUAGGACUUAUGGUGAGGAGAAAAUGUUCAUAUGAAUAACAUUUCAGGUCAUAUCAACAAAUACCUUUCAGACCAGUGGAAUCUAGAUUGACAGCAGCUUCCAAGAUGGAGAAAGGCCUGCUGCCUGAGUUGUGUACAGUAGAUCCAAAAUUGCAUUCAGAUGUAGUUGAUUAUUUUGACUUAGAUCAAUUGUUCAUGGCUGUGUUGGAUGUAGUUAAGAGGUUUGGAGGAACUGCACAGUGUAGUCUUCUGAGGCAGUCUGCAUAAACUGAGUGAAGGAGCAGUUGAAUGAGCUACAACAGUGUAUGCAGGGACCCUUCCUGAGGAGGAAAGAGCAGAGAGGUCAGGCAUGGGUGCAAAAUGUUGAGAGGAGAGAUUUAUGGUAUUCUCUAUGCAUAAAACAACAACUGUGUGAAUUGGGCAGGAAAGUGUAACCUUAUUUUUGAAUAUUUUUUUGAAGAAGAUGAUGAAAUGUCUGCAAGCAGUAAAUUGUUGGAAAAGGGUUAUGUGGACUGAGGAGGUAAACUUCUUCUGAGCUGGAGGGGGGUUGAGGAAAGGAAAAUGUUUUAUGGCACUGAUGUUUUGGAAGUAUAGGAAAGUAUGGGAAAGAGGAUGAAGCUGUAGUUCAGACAAAGAUUUUAAUCUUGCACACAUUAGGAAUAAAGUAUAAUGGGGAGGAGGGAAACAUCUUUCCAACCCUCCAUAAAUCCACCUACACAUCUCAUUUUGAAAUGAUAGUAGAGCGAGUAAAAGGUAAAUCACAAAAGAAGAUUCUGGGCAUGUUUGACAUCAUAUCAAUAAAAUAGCAAAUCCCCAACUAAUCAUCUUCUUAAGCUACAGUUGAGGAUUUCUUAAACCCUAAUAUUUUAUGCUAUAUUAAGUAGGAAAUCUUGAUAAAAUCUGGGUAUUUGAGAAGCUAAUUUCUUAAAUAAAGAAUCACUAGAGUGUUGUGUGAUGCAUGUGGGUAAAACCCUUAAAAGGGUCAUUGCUAAAUGGAAGGGGGCAAAAAGUGUGGGCAAAUCUUUUUGUGCAAUAAUGUGGCAGUGUGUUACAGUUGCCUGGAAUGGAAUUCCAGAACUGGAGCAUUAACACUUUAACUCCCAGUGCACUGCAUGAUGUUAUGAUGUGGAAUACUGAAAAGCAAAAAACACAAAACCAUGACACCUACUAUAGUGGUUUGUGAAAUAAAUGAUACACUGUAAUACUUAAACCUUAAGUAUAAGCUUCACUCAGUGUGUGCACUUUGUCUGUGACUCAGUUGUGAAACUUGCAGCUAAACUGCUGUGAUAUCAGGUAGUCUUCUGAAUACGACUUGAGCUUUCUUGAGGGAUGUAUGGGGGAGGAACACUGAAUUCUGUACUCAAGCACAAGAAUUGGACUGUAUGUUAGAACUGAAAAAUAAGAGAUGUCUUGUGAUGCUCCUGAGAAGCUGCUAGGCCAAAUUCCCGAUGAAUUUGGUGACUUGAGCAGUCAGCAGAACAGUCCAAGUGGAAAGUACAGGGGAGCAUAUGCUGAGUAGUGUUACUUUUUAUCAGCUCGUUGCGCAUUAAUGAGCAGUUGUGUUUGUACCUUCAGGAAAACUGGGAAUAGAAUAGUAACUUUGAACUGACUUCAGCUGUUCCCCAGGUUACAGAGAGCAUUAGCUUUCUCUAAAACUUUUAGGUUAAAAAUCUCAAUCUCAUUCCAUGUAUCCUGGUAUAACAGGGGUUUGGUUAAGGGAAUGUGAAGUCUCCACUUUGGUAGGUUACGUAAUUUUGAAUGGUUGUUCUUAAACUGCUUUUCAUUUGCUUUUCAUCUUAGCAAGUGUGCUUCAGGGUUCUUUUAAAUGGCUUUCUAAUAUUUACCAUAGGAACAUAGAGUAUCUGUGUCGAAAUAACGUCAUGGCAUUAAGAUGAGAAUGUUGCUCUUAAGAGUUCUAUCCAGGAAGAUGAUAUCCCUUGAAAUCUGAGUUAAUGCAACUCCUGUAACUUUUUUUUUAUAACCUGUAGUGGAGAAAAAAACUCUUGCCUGUAAUUGCCUGUAACAGUGGAUGGAUUUCUGUGAUGAAUACAUAACGUUAUGCCCUACUUGCUCUCUGACUGAAGUAUAUUCCUAGAUGUGUCUUCAGUGUAGAUCUAAAGUGAGGUAUUUAGUGGAUGACUUCAAAAGUACUAAAUACAGAUUUUAAAUGUAUUUGAGGCUCCUGGUAACGGCAGUAGAGGUGUUUCUAUGAUAGGUAGCAGUCAUGGUUGAGUGUAUCAAAAGAGUAGGGGAGUUUUCUGGGAUGCCAGAGAUAUUUACUGGUGUUGUCUUCAUGUUCUUUAUGUAGCUUGCAAAAACCUUUUCCAAUAUCACUGCCAGUCUGGGUAGUCAUUGCUUCAGGCAUUGUAAUAACUUGAUGCUGCAUUGGCAUUGCAGUGAACCAAGUGGGGGAACUGAUCUAGCUGCUUGGUUUCUGUUUCCAAACUCUAAAAAGGGAUUCUGACCCUCUGAGAAUAUGCAGUGUUGAGGCUCUAGUUGGGUUUGGUUUUUUUGCCGUUUUAAAAACAAACAAAAAUGCCGAAGCUGGGAGUCCCCGAAGGGGUGGUGGUGUGAAAUGUUACACUUGGAAGAU